UUCUUCAUUACGCUGAGGAACACAGCUUGAUGUAGAUUGAUGGAACACGGAGACUAGUGGCUCCCCGAGACCUCGGACUUCUAGCGGCAUAAUUCAUCUGCUAACGUCUCGUCCAAAGUUUGCUGCAAGGUGUUAACGCUGAGGCUGGAGGAUGGUUUCGGACGGAGCUAAGGCAACUCUGAGAAGGGGCUGAUUUAACCAAAUCACUUUAGUUUUAAGGCACAGAAAACUGGCCAGCGAGUGAACUUGGUUCAGUGCUACUUCGAGCUACUUCGGGUAGACGCAGCGCUCGUCUGAUAAACUGCGACAUGCGUUGUGUUUUUCCGCCGGUUUUCGUUUGAUGGCACUUGUCUGAUAAGUGCGCGCGGAACAGGCUUUUGGAGGUUAUUACGCCGGUCGCGUGGCUUCUUUGUGUACUGCCACUUCUUCAAGCAUGCUCGAGCACGGCGCGUUGGCACAGAAGUAGCCUUCCCGGAGCGACCCGAACACUGCUCAGCGCCCGCGUAUAGAUCAGGAUUAUCCAAACUUUUUGCUUUGUUUUAUUUCCCUCCUUCCCACAUUUUCUCCUGCUCGAGCAGCUCUCCGCCAACCCGCUGCAGCCUCGCGCUUUCCCGUUCGCCGCGCGUGGAUUGUAAAACUGCGCUCGGCUCUCCGUGCAGCUGCGCUUCGCGAAGGGGGAAACAUGGAUGUACGAUUUUAUCCGUCUACCGGGGGGAAUUCUAUACCGGGGGAUCCACAGAACAUGGAUUUCUCCCACUGUUUGGGCUACUACAACUACAACAAGUUCGGGAACAACAGCAGCUACAUGAACAUGGCAGACGCCAGCAGCUCUCUGUUCACAGGCGUUGACACGUUUCACACACCCAGUCUUGGCGACGAGGAGUUCGAGAUCCCUCCAAUCACCCCGCCGCCAGAGACGGAGUCUGGCCUGGGCCUCCAAGAGGCGGGCUCGCCCUUCCCUGGGCUGGCCGAGCACGCCAACCCGCCGCGGGGUCCCUUCACUCCCCAGUUCCCACCUCAGAGCCUGGACUUGCCCUCCAUAACCAUCUCCAGAAACCUGAUGGAGCAGGAGGGGGUGGGUAUCAGCAGUGGCCUCCCCAUGAGCAUUGGACAGUCCCAGCUACGCCAGUACCCUCCUAACCCUGCAAUGGUGAUGCGUUCAAUCAUCAACAUGAACAACCCCAAUGCUAUGAUGUCACGCAACCAGCUGACCACUAUCAACCAAUCGCAGCUGAGCGCUCAGCUAGGCCUCAACAUGACUGGACCAAAUAUCGCCCACACCUCCCCAUCCCCCCCUGCCAGCAAGUCGGCCACGCCUUCUCCCUCCAGCUCCAUAAAUGAGGACGAUCAGGACGACGGAACAAAGGUAUGCAUCGGUGAGAAGCGCCCAGCCCCGGAUGCUGGGAAGAAGCCCAAGACUCCCAAGAAGAAGAAGAAGAAAGACCCCAAUGAGCCUCAGAAGCCCGUGUCAGCGUACGCGCUGUUCUUCCGUGACACGCAGGCAGCCAUCAAAGGCCAGAACCCCAAUGCCACAUUCGGCGAGGUCUCCAAGAUAGUGGCGUCAAUGUGGGAUGGCCUCGGAGAGGAACAGAAGCAGGUUUACAAGAGCAAGACAGAAGCAGCCAAGAAGGAGUACCUCAAAGCCCUUGCUGCCUACCGUGCCAGCCUGGUGUCAAAGGCUGCGGCGGAGUCAGCCGAGGCCCAGACCAUGCGCUCUGUGCAGCAGACCCUAGCGUCCACCAGCCUGGCCCCCGCCCUGGUGCUCCCAUCACCCCUUUCCUCGGCCCUAUCCCAGCACCCUUCCAUGACGGCUGGCGCCCAGGUCCUCCAGCAGCCCCUACCCCGGGCCAUCGCGCCCAAGCCUCUGCAGAUGCGCCUGGGCAACAGCCAUGUCGUCACCUCCGUCACGGUCGCCCACCAGAACAUGCCGCCUGGCGUGGCCUCGCAGCUCCUGGGCCCGGGGGCGGGGCCGGGCGCCCCCGCCCAGAUGAGCCCGCCCAUGCAGCCGGCGCAUGCCUCAGCCAUGCAGCAGCAGCAGCAGCAGCAGCAGCAGCAGCAGCAGCAGCAGCACCACCAGCUGCAACAGCACCAGCUGCAACAGCACCAGCUGCACCACCAGCAGAUCCAGCAGCACAUGCAGCAGCAGCACUUCCAGCAGCACCUGCAGCAGCAGCUACAGCAGCACCACCUGCAGCAGUCGCAGCACAUGCAGCAGUCGCAGCACAUGCAGAUGCAGCACCUGCACAUGCAGCAGCACAUGCAGCAUUCCCAGUGCUCCCCCGUGCAGCACUCGCCCGGGACCCCCCACUCGGCGUCGCUCGGCAGCCCCCCUCUGCCACAGCCCACCCAGCCUCACCCCACCCAGAUCCAGGCGCAUGCCCAAGUCCUUUCACAAGUCAGCAUCUACUAAGCCUGAGUCCUGUGGCGUCAGUUUCAUACAAAAAAAAAAAGCACCAUUUGGAAGUUGCUUUUUUUUUUUUUUUUUUUUUCCCAAAGUUGCACUUAAGAAGUGUGUGAGAAAUAAGAAUGUUUUACAAAGAACUGUCCUUUGUUCUAGAUGGAUACGCAGACAAGUGUAACAAAGAAAGGAGGUGAAGAGUCUUGCCUGGAUUUUUUGUCUAUAAAAUAGACAGGACAAGAGAUGGCGUGCCUGGUUGUUGUUUUGUUUGUGUGCUUAACCCUUUUUGUUUAUCUUAAUCAUCAAAAACUAUUUCAGGGCACACUGAUGGUAGAAGAAGAGUUGAAUCAGUUACAUCAAAAGAUAAUUUUUUGUUUGUUUAUUUAACAUCAAAGCUUUAUUUGCGAGGUCACUGUCAUGUCUUAAUUCCCCAGCUUCUUGGUUUUGUUUCUAAAGAUCUCAAAGCAAAGAUUUUUGAUGGCUUUUCAUGAUCCAGAGGAUGGCGGAGUGGAACUAUUGUAACGAACUGCCAGGGGACUCCCUGGCACCCAGCUGCUGGUUCCUGCCCCUGCGGCCAGUGCGUCAGAACAUCGCCCUUCCUCCCUUCUUCAGACGCUCCUCUCUCUGCGUUCCUGAAGAUGAACCGCCACAGCCGCUCGGCCUCUCCGCCCGCCCUUCAAAGCCCCGUCAUGCCACAUCUCUGCUACCCUGCCUCAGCUUCAUCCACACCUGCUGGCAAAGGAACUUAAAGGAAACUUAAAGGAACUUUAAGGAACUUUAAGGGACUUAAGGGAACUUAAAGGAACUUAUCUGCCUUUCUGAAGUGAAGAGCAUGGCAUGCUGCCAUGGAGACAGUUUUGUCUUGCUCUCGAACCUGCUGUAUAAAGCUGAGGGAACUUCUCAUUUAAAGAUCCUCGAAAAACUCAUUGGCUCAAAUGUGUGUAUAAAUAGCACUCCAAAAACAAAAAACUAUGUAUUUGUCUUUACCUCAAAACUUUAAUGAAUUUAAAUUAUGUUUCUGUUAUGAUUGUUUUCAUUUUGUGUAAUAAAGGUUCAUAUUUUAAGGAUAUUUUAAGGAGAAAUUACAAAAUUCAGGCCAACGGUUUAAUGAUUAAUGUAUUUUUACACUAUUCCUUGAUAUCACAAACAUAUGUAAAGUGAGAAACUGAAAAAAAAUCUUAGCUGAGACAUUUUGCAGUGUGGAACCUAACCGAAAAGAUCUACGUAUUUUCUGACAGACAAAACAAAACAAAACAAAACAAAACAAGGUGACAAUGAGUAGAAAAAAAGAAGAAAAACAAACAAACAAAAAAAUGAGUGAAGAUGUACAAUUUUCAUAUCGCCUGUUGUAAAGUUUUCAGAAGCAAGGCUUUAAUUCUGGACUCAGUGAGCUGGCCUGCAGAGCAUAGUGCAUCUCAGCUGUUUUCUACUUUUUUAUGAGUUCCAAUAGCAGCAGUUCAUUUGUUUGUAUUUUUGCUUACAGAUCGAAUCCAUCUGCUUUUAAAAUCUGUUCAUAGAAUAAACACAUUUCAGUAGACUCGACUGUCUUUUGAACCAUUACUAGGCAUAUUAAUUUAAAAAAAAAGCUUUGUUCUUGCCAUCAAAAGAAAAAAAAAUUGAGAGACAUUCCACCAAUAAUAUGAUACUAGCCAUAAUUUUGUAUGAAGUAUUAUACUUCUGUGUGUCUCGGUGUUUGCAAUUAAAAUAACAAUCACAAAUAUUUAUUUAAAAAAAUGAUUCAUUUCAAAGAUUAUAUUAGCCAUACUUUUGUAUGAAAUAUUUCCUCAGUGUUUCCUUGUUAGUUAUUAAAGAUUCAAAAUAAAAGACAUCCCUACUUCAA